AUGAAUGUCUUGGGUGUUUGUAAUACAAACAUGGAAUUCAUCUACUAUCUGGAUGGUUGGGAGGGAUCGGCUCAUGAUGGACGGGUACUUAGAGACGCCCUUGUUCGGCCAAACGGUCUGAAGGUCCCAAGAGGUAGUGGGCCUAGAACUCCUGAGGAGAUGUUUAAUAUGAGGCAUGCAACUGCGAGAAAUUCUAUUGAACGAGCUUUUGCAAAAAUCGUCAAUGCUUGUUGUUUGCUUCACAACUACAUACGGGGAGAGGUUGGUGCUGAUGUGUGGCAGAGAAUGUACAUGGAUGAAGAUGAUUCUGAAGAACCAGCUUUGGUAGAUGAUGAUGACCUUAUCAUGCACAUCCAACCCACAGCAAAAUGGACUCAAUUUAGGAACAAUCUUGCUCAAGAUAUGUGGGCAAAUAGGGGCUGGGCGGGUCAAUAG